AGUGCAGGUGAGAGGGCAGGGUGUGGUCCAUGUGCUGAUGAACGUGAGAGGUGGUGUGUGUGCACGCGAGAGUUUGAGUGCGAGGGGUGUGAGAAUGCAGGUGAGCGGGAAAGGGGUGGCACGUGCACACAGGUGUAUGUGUCACGGGUGGGACCUGUGCAGGCGUGGGGUGUGCUGGGUGGCUGUGGAGGCGCAGUGUGCCCUGUUCCCUUCCCUCAGCCCCGUCCCCCCAGCCGCCAUGGAGAUAAGCAACUCGCUGAUGGAGCGCACGAUCGCCGAGAACAGCCUGGUGAUCCUGCUGCAGGGGCUGCGGGGCCGUGUCACCACGGUGGAGCUGCGUGACGAGAGCGCGGCCGCGGGGCUGGUCACCAACGUGGACGCCUUCAUGAACGUGCGCCUGGCCGAGGUGACGCUGACGGACCGGCACGGCGCCGUGACCCGCCUGGACCAGCUCUUUGUCGCCGGCAGGAACGUGCGCUACGUGCACAUCCCCGACGACGUGGACAUCAGGGCCACCAUCGAGGAGCAGCUCCAGGCCAUCAACAGGGUGCGCUUCUUCGGGAGCCGCAACAUGGGCCGCAGAGAGUUCCCUCGGGCCAAGGACAAGAGAGGGGGACGCGCGAGGAUGGACUCACAGUGAACCUGCCCCUUCCAUGGACUGCCACGCCAGACAUCCCGCGCAGGGACAUCCCCCCAGGGACUCAGG